UUCAUGUGUUAAGUUCGCCAAGUACCACCGGUGCUGGUCUUCAAACACAAUAUCUACAUAGCUGUUUCCAUGAGGUUUCAACUCACCCAUCACCCUCAAUCCGUCCUCCCUGGAACAGCCCAGUCUUGAGCUGGGAUACAUCCGAUAGUCGAAUUCAAGGCCCACCAGAAAGCAAGCAAGAAGAAUGAGUUUCGAAUUCAAGUGGCCAAAGUUCUCGCCUUCGUUCUAUGACCAUGCCAAAGAUCUACUGUCCACUGCUCUCAACAAGGGUGAUAAGCCGGCCAUCAUUGCUGAUCGAAUCGAAGUCAACCAACUUGAUAUGGGAACGAUUCCACCCGACCUAGAAAUCUUGGAAAUCGGUGACCUCGGCCGGGAUAGGUUUAGAGGCAUCUUCAGAAUGACUUAUGCUGGUGAUGCCUCUAUUCGCCUGCAAACUAAAGUCCAAGUCAAUCCAUUACGACAAAGAACACCUACCGCUACCUCAGAUGUCCUGACGACUCCACCAAUACUAUUCGCAUCGACACCGUUGAUAGUUCCGAUGACAUUGAGUCUUUCAAGCCUUAAACUCCGGGCGAUCGUGGUGCUUGUUAUCUCUCGCUUGGAAGGAGUCACCUUGGUCUUCAAGAACGAUCCUCUCGAAAGCGUUCAAGUAUCAUCAACAUUCGACUCUUUGGCUGCAAUACAGACGUUUUUACAAUCUGAGAUUGAGCGUCAAUUGAGAGACCUCUUCAGGUCUGAGCUGCCUAGUAUCAUACAUCAACUCAGUAGGCGGUGGCUCGGAAGGGACAAUCCAGAUGGACGAUCCCAAGCCCGGGUCGAACUACCUUCAACCUCGGCCCCUUCAACACCUACUCCUUCUCUACCGACAGCUCAGUCGAACGGUGAUCAUAAUGGACUUCUCUCCGUGCCAGACGAAAUUGAAGGUUAUGAUCCUACGUACGGACUGAGGCCUUCUCAUCCACCAUUGGUCGGUUGCUUUACAAAUUACCGGUCGCUCAUCAAGCAGAAGAACCGGAAACUAGGGCUAGGCGCCGUUCUGAGCCAUACUGAUGACGAAGAAGAGCAUAGCAAGGAAGACUUAAUACCAUCCGAUGUCUCCUCAUCAACGCUUUAUUCACCCCCUCAUAGCCCCACGCCAUCUCCUCAACAAAAACAAAAGAAACCAGAUGCGAGUAGAGCCAAGAAACCGAUGAUCAAACCCAAGAUCUUCCACUCCCAUUCUGCUGGGAUUGUGAAUUCAGCGCUGUCCUCCUCUGGUAUAUCGUCGCACAAUGGACACGAGGGAACCCGUAGCUCGUCUAAAGCCUUGGAGCCCAAAGCAAGGAUGAAAUUAGAGGAUCUUCAAGAGGCUCGGGUCGAAGAGGAACAGCUCGAGGAGGGAGAAGUCUUGCGAAGUCGGCGGUUGGAGCGACUAUCAAUGCAAAGCCACUCGGUCAGCUCGAGUGGACUAGCUGCAAGGAUGAUGUCAAUUAGAGAGAAAGCUCAGAGGAAGCGACCUGAGCAGAUCAGAAUGUCCACAAGUCCUAUCAGUACCUUUCGCACCCAACCUCUACCUCGACCUACGCCUUCAAUCUUUCCAUCCACCCAACGAUCCAGCAUGACUUGCUUGCCCGCCUAUGCAUCGAAUUGCGGUACGCCAGUCCGCUCUCAUGCCCAUUCGCCCAUCUUCCUCGGCUCCCGUUCGACCAGUCCAAUGAGAGGAGAAGAUGAGAAAAAUGAUCAAGAGGGAGGAGAAGAAAGCGAAGGAGAAGGAUCGCAAUGUGCAUUACUAGCCAGUCUGGUCCGAAGCAAUUGCACCCUCAGUCCCUUCUCUCGCUCGAUCUCACACUUUGCUGCUCGGAGUACUCCUCUCCGUCAUUCCUCACCCUCCUCCGCUCUGUCGUCUCCCACUCGGGUCAGCCAUCUAAACGAGCUCCAUUCGUUCUACUCUAGAGAUACCGUCGAUCUCGAUCAGCUUCAUCUCCGCUCUUCUUGGAAUGAUUUACAUGCUGAUGGGUUCAAACAAAAACGAGUGAUUAAGAUUAAUAAGAAAAAUUAGUUUCAUCAUCCACCCUCCAUCUACCUGCUCUCUCUCUCUCUCUAUUCCUCUCUGUCUCUUUAGUUUAUUGUAUCUGCCUGCUGCUCCAAUAUAAUAUAACCUGUUGUUGUCAAUUCAACAUAUUUUUCAUCUAAUUUAUUUUAAUUUAAUGUUGUUUUUCCUCCACCUUAGAUUCGUUAUGCUCAUGUUUUUUUUUUCUUCUUCUCCUGUUUCUUAUCAUCUUUAUUAUUCACGUAUACAUAGAGG